CUUUAAACACCGGUUUUGCGACCAGCCAUUAAACACAGAGAAGGAGGAGGACGCAUUGUUGUGACCGUAGGUUGGUGGAAGCUGCACAUCUGCUCCCGGUAACCAGUAGUUGAUGCGAGCGGCACAAUAAACCCCGUCAGCUCCUGCCGUGAACAAGGCAUAUCUGAUUGUCAGAAGAGGAUACUGGUGAAAUGGGAGAUCCUGCUCUUCACAGGGACUGUCCCCUGGACUGUAAGGUUUAUGUUGGAAAUCUAGGAAACAAUGGAAACAAGACUGAAUUAGAAAGGGCUUUUGGGUACUAUGGUCCUUUAAGAAGUGUUUGGGUUGCAAGGAAUCCGCCAGGUUUUGCUUUCGUAGAGUUUGAAGAUCCUAGAGAUGCAUCGGAUGCUGUGAGAGAACUGGAUGGAAGAACCAUGUGUGGCUGUCGAGUCCGUGUCGAGUUAUCCACCGGGGAAAAACGUUCCAGGAGCCGUGGCCCUCCUCCAUCCUGGGGUAGACGCCCUCGAGAUGAAUUAAGGCGACGUAGUCCUCCGGUCAAACGCAAAUCACCAAAGAGGAGGAGCUUCAGCCGCAGUCGUAGCAGGUCUCUUUCAAAAGACAGACGUAGAUAUCGAUCUCUCUCUAGAGAUAAGACUCGUAAACACUCAAGAUCUCUCUCUCGGUCAAGGAGUCAUUCCCGGUCCUGUGAGAGGAAAUGAAGACAUGAAAGGACGGUUCAUCAGCAGGAUCCUGCUAUGGUUGGGAAAAUACGAAUUUUCUAGUCACGUUUUUCUUUUCAGAUAUGUCGGCUCAAAGCAAUUAAAGGUCAACUGGUUGAAUUUGAUGUUAUGACUGUCUGUUUAACUGAGAAACACAUUCUUUACCAUUAUUUGCUAUUGAAUUCAAUGUUCUGGUCAAGCAAAUGAUUUUCUUACUUGCAUGUUCUUAAAUACUGGAGUCUUAUGUUAUUUUUAACUGCUUAACUUGAAUGUAAUGCUUUUAUUUGUUUGUGUUUGCCGUUUUCUUUUUAUAGGCAAAAUGACUUUUGGUAGGUUAAUGUGAUAUGCAUCACUACUAGAAGGGAGCAUACUUAAGUGACGGAACAGGCCCAGCAAGUGUUGUAAAUAAAAGUGCUAUUAUUUGCAAUUUAAAUUCCCACAACAUAAUCUAUGAUUUUAUUUUAUUUUUUACCCAAGUCACUUUUGUAAAAGCAUUUAUUCCUUUGUCUCUUGAUUCUCUGAGCUCACACUUUGCGCUGAUGUACUCAGACAUCUUAUUCAAUAAAUGUUUUCCAAGGUGAAAUGAC